CUUCUAUUACCGGCCUCAUGUUUUCCACAUUCAAUCAUUAGCAGCGAUGGGCCAGUCAUCGUCGAGGCAGAGAGGAUUCUACCCACCACCACCACCUUUUGCACCUACAUACGGCUAUGGAUAUGCGCCUGGCUCUGGCUCUGCAUACGCCCCUGCUCCUGUAUACGGCCCUGCCCCGGUAUAUGGCCAUGUCCUACCCCAGCCAACGAUAGUUGUACCACGUUCUGCUGAUGCCAGGAGGUCACGGAGGCGGCACCAGUCAUCUCGCAAGAGAAGGUAUGAUGAGUAUAGAGACCGUGUUCCUGAUCCAGUGAUUCCUUCCAGGGCAGGUUCUGAGAUUCACGUACACAACGAACGGGCCCAACCUGGACCAAGUAUUCUGAGGCGCUCGACUGGUAUUCAUACACCUUAUCCGAGUGGCCCUGCACUACCCCAGGACGAAUUAGGUGGAUCAGGACAUGACCACCCGCUAGCUGAUCUUAUCGCACCCAUGUCUCCAGCACCACCAGCCGCAUACGGCCCUCCUCCACGCCCCGGCCCUCCUCCACUGCAACAUCACAACCCGCUACCAGAACCACCUCGCGACCUCUACGCCUCAUCGCCCUACAACGCCAUCCUUGACCUUCCCCAAACGACGGCCCUCCUAACUGCCAGCUUCUCACAGGACCUCCCUCCAAAAUCAAAAGGCAUAUUCGGCAAAAGCAAAGGUCUUCUACGAUCGCUAUCGUCCAAGAAGAAGGAGGAACCGCGGAUACAUUUUGUCCCAGUCAACGUGGGGGCUAACGGUUAUCGCCCCGAUGCCGGGCCUCCAGUGCUGAAUCGUUCCAUGGCACCAUCGUCGUCUGGCUCGACAUCAGCAGGCCCGCCACCCGUUGCCAUGAGUGCGGCCUCCGCUGCUCCUCCAAUCGUGCAAAUGCCUGUACCGGAACCCGCCGAACCUCCACCCCCAGAACCCCGUCCCGAAAUCCCGUCUUCUGUCAUACGAAUCACUUUCGACAACGAAUAUCGCGACUUUUGCAAUCACUCUUUCCAUCGCGUCAUGUACAACAACCAGACGUACGACACCGCUAUGCAUCUCUUCGAAGCCAUGAAGUUCCUCCCCGACAACCCCCAGAUUGCAGACAACAUCCGACUGUGCAAGAACAUUGGGGAUGUCUUUCCCUUGUCAGCCAGUUUUGCGCAGUAUCAACGAUCAGAUUGGGGUGAGGUGCAUAAAACUAUCCUGGAAGAAGUGCUCUACCACAAGUACGGACAAAAUCCUGACGUCCGGAACCUCCUCCUGAGUACUGGUUCUGCGGAAUUGGUAUAUGCUGAUCCGAACGACUCUUACUGGAGCGAAGGGCCUGAUGGCCAGGGUCAGAAUCACCUAGGCAGAGCUCUCAUGCGGGUCCGAGAGCGACUGAAAGCGAUGGGAUAUAAGAAAUGAGGUUCACUAUUUUCUUUCAUCUGUUAUGCGUCACUCUCCUGUGUUUUCUGUUGUGCUUUGACGAGGUAAGAUCUCCCCUUGCUUCAUUUAUUUCAUGACUUGCAAAUGAUUGUGCAUGUUUUUACGAUAAGAGUGCUUAUGGAGAUCUUAUACCACCUGCUUAGUGUCGCAAUCAAUGAUAACCUCAUCACUAUGAGGCUCGUCGGGCC